GGAUAACUACGCUGCUACUGCUACAACACAUACUCGAAUUUUUUUUCAAGAAAAAAAAAACAGACAAACAAAACAAACACAACUAAGAGGAAGAUGGCCCGCAGACCUGCUCGUUGCUAUCGUUACUGCAAGAGUACGUAUAAACGCUAUACUUCAUAGAGAUAUGUGAGUGAGAAAGCUAAUAGAGACUACCAGACAAACCGUACCCAAAGUCCCGUUUCAACCGCGGUGUUCCCGACCCUAAGAUCCGCAUCUUCGAUCUGGGCCGCAAGCGUGCCACCGUCGAUGAGUUCCCCCUCUGCGUACACCUCGUCUCGAACGAGUACGAGCAACUCUCUUCCGAGGCACUGGAGGCGGCUCGUAUCUGCGCGAACAAGUACCUCGUCAAGUCCGCCGGAAAGGAUGGUUUCCAUAUGAGAAUUCGGUAUGCUGCUGCUUCCCUCCAAGGAUUUGGAGUAUAUACAUAUAUGUUGGCUGACCUGACAAGUGUUCACCCCUAUCAUGUUAUCCGUAUCAACAAGAUGUUGUCCUGUGCCGGUGCGGACAGGCUUCAAACCGGUAUGCGCGGGGCUUGGGGAAAGCCCAAUGGAACCGUUGCCCGUGUCGAUAUUGGGCAGAUCAUUCUUUCCGUCAGAACUCGUGAUGCUAGCCGUGGAAUUGCUAUUGAAGCUUUGAGGAGGUCUCAGUACAAGUAAUUUCCUCCCCCCUCCUUCUUCCUCUCACCGUUUCUCUUCCUUCGCCAGCUGCUGAUAAGGUAUUCACAGAUUUCCCGGCCGCCAAAAGAUCAUCGUCUCCAAGAACUGGGGCUUCACACCCCUCCGUCGCGAGGAGUACCUCCGGAAGCGUCAGAAUGGUGAACUUAGGACUGAUGGUGCUUACGUCCAGUUCUUGAGGCCUCAUGGAAAUCUGGAACGGAAUAUGCGCACGUUCCCAGAGGCCUUCGUCUCUGCCUAGUGUGAUUGUGUUUUUCAUUCGCUAGCGUUAGCUGGCUGAUAGGGGCCAAGUCAUUUUAAAAUGGGGGUUUUUUUUUCACGUAUGCAUGUCAGGUACCUUUGAACAAGAAAUGCUGUAUAUGAAAGUUU